AUGGUCAAAACUAAUGAUAAAAAUGCAAAAAAGGAAAAUGAACAUCUACCUCGUUAUAUAAAGAAUAAACCAUGGUAUAAUGACACAGAUAAAUCAGAUGACUAUCUUUCUCAUCAUAGACAAUCCCAAAAGGAAGGAAACUUAUUAGAUAUUGAGAAUAAUAAUGAAGCUAAAUACGGGUUGGGUAUUCAUGAUACUUUUAUGCCUAAUAAUAAGGUAAUGAGUAAUGAGAGAAAGAAGGGUAAACCAACAUGCACUAAUUGCGGAAGCUUUGACCAUACAAAGAAGGACUGUAUGGAGAGGCCUAGAAAAGUUCAGCAAACUAAGAGUAUACCUAACUAUAUCCCAACAAAUGGGAAUGUUAUGAAUGAUAAGGAGAUGGAUUGGGAUGCUCGUAAGGAUCGGUGGUUUGGUUAUUCUGGUAAAGAAUAUAAUGACACAUUAGCCAAAUGGGAACAAAAUAAAAGUCGUCAAGGAAAUAUUAAUAAUCAAAGAGAUACAAAUGAGGAAUAUGAUACGGACGAAGAGGUUGAACUUGCCAAAUUACAAUUAGGAAACUAUAAAAGUACCAAAGAAGAUCAAAAUAAAGAGAAAGGAAGUACAGCAAUCCGUAUACGAGAAGAUAAGGCUGCAUAUUUGAAUGAUCUGAAUUCCGAGACUACCAAUUAUGAUCCGAAAUCAAGAUUAUAUAAGAAUGAUAACUUAGGUUCUAUUGAUGAAAAAUCAAAGAUGUUCCGUAGACAUUUAACCGGAGAAGGUCUUGAAUUUGAUGAGUUGAAUCAAAUGGCAAGAAGUAAUGCUAGAAAGGAAGGAAUUAGAGAUGAAGUGAAAAAUGUUAAGAAAAUUGAGCAUGUUCUUAUUGCUAAUCCAACGAAAUAUGAACAGAUGAUGAAAAAUGAGAAAUCUCAAAUAAUGAAUGAAACAAAUACCACACCAAAUAAACCAAAUUUUAUAAAAGGAGAAGCAAAGAAGAAUAAGGGUAAAAAACAAAAUAAAAAUUCAAGAGAUCAAUUACGAAGUAUGUAUAAAUAG